ACAAGCCAUGUGCGUGAAUGUUUAGAGAUGUCUGCCGGGGCUCGCUAAAUGAAAUCUGAUAGAUACGGGUGUGAACUAUACAAGCACCACGUGACUUUGCCGGCUUGAUGAGGGUACUGAAGUGCAUGAUGGGUCUUUACACUGGAUGCUGAGUGAGAUACAGACAUCUGUUUGUUUAGCUGGCUUCAGUUUCCUCUCAGCUUCUCGUCGGGUACGUGUCUCGUCUGCUCCGUGUCGCCUGGCUCCGUGUCGUCUGCUCUGUGAACAGAUGCUAACUUCUCAUCUUCAGUUGCCUCUCUAAAUGACUGAAACAUCUGUGUCGUCUGCUCAUUCAUCGACAUUUUCGUCUCGUGUCUUCGUCUACCUACAAAAAGGAGCAAUUCGAGGAUUAUUUAUCGACUGCCGAUCGUCAAUAUCUGUAGUCUGCUCGGAUAGCUGAUAUUGACGUCUUGUCUUCAAUUGUUAAACUUUUCAAGCAAUUAAUUCUCUCAGUGGCUAUCGUCUGCUCGUCAGCAAGUUUUUCUCGAUAGUAUUGCGUGAGGUUGUAGAAAACUUAGAGAAUUUCUGAUGUUGGAGACUAGGAGUCAGAGAGCCAUCUUUGUUUUAGUACCGAUAUGGUCGAAACUUUUCAAAGAGAAUUGCUGUUUGUGUGUUAAUGAGAAAUAAGCUAUGUAGGAACGUAGACAGUCGAUAUAUUGACUUUAUUAAGAACUUUACCCUGUGAUACCGAAGGACUUGUUAAAGAGCAAUGGCGGAUAUUCCAGUCUCGACGAUGUCGCCCUUCAAUUCGACUGAUAUUAUUGUAAAUAAGAAGGAGAUGAAGAUAGAGACAGUCAUCAUCAUUCUGUGGGCCUCGGGAGGCGUCCUUCUACUGGUGCUAAUGAUGCUUCUAGUCUGUAUACUCAAAACCAACAGGAAGGUUCAUGGCCGACGGGAAAGUCCCAACGUUUUCCGAGUCGGCCUUGACCCGAAUGAGUCACGUGGUGGAGGCGUGAAUCCGGCGUUCACAAAUUAUGACGAGAUUUGGACGUGGAUACCCGUGAUUAGGGGAAAUCAAUCCGAAUGUGCCAACGAAUGCGAACAAGGUUCCGGAAGUAGAGACAACAACACAGCAGCAUCGAACGAGGCCUUGUCGCGCAAUUUAGAGCCGCCACCUUACAGCGUUGCCAUAACAACGCCAUCCUACCCACCAGGUGGCGCUACAUACACAACAGCGGCAUCUACUUCUGGCGAAAACUCCAGAUAUCUAUAUUCGGUUAGAAUAUGAUUACUUCUGAUCAGAGCCUCGUUCUGACGAAGACGAACCACACUUGUGUUCUCGAGGAACAUUGUUGGGCCUCGUUCCCAGUACUAUUGGGCUUCCUGUUGCAUUUUAAGACUCUUAAGUGGAGCACGUCGUUUCCAUUGUGAUGUACUUCCGGUUGUGUUUUAUAAAGACAAGGGAGGACCUCGUUCCCAUUAUACUUCCGGUUCCAUUAUGGGUGGAUGUUAUAACGCCUAACUUUCCCAUUUAGAUGGUAUUAUUAUCGUAUUGAUAACUGUCAUCGGAUGGAAUCAGUUCAGAAGGCAGGCGAAUGAUAUAGUGCUAUAGGAUGACAAUCACGUGGUGCCGGUGACAUGACGUCACUAAAUCUAAAAAUAGUGCCAAAUUAACGCAUGACGCAUAAUUAUGUUUAUGUCCGAAAGUGUUUGAUGUUCACUCAUGAUCAGGGGAAAUCGAUAG